AUGGCGAACAGCAGCGAACUGGGGAGCAGCAGCAGCCCGCACCUGCCCAGCGCCGGCGGCCUGCUGAGCGCCUCUGGGCUGAAGCUGGCCACCCUGGGCUUGAUCCUCUGCGUGAGCUUGGCUGGCAACGUGCUCUUCGCCUGGCUCAUCCUGAAGGACCGGCACCUGCACCGCGCCCCGUACUACCUGCUGCUGGACCUCUGCCUGGCCGACGGGCUGCGCUCGCUAGCCUGCUUCCCCUUUGUCAUGCUGUCGGUGCGCAGCGGGGCUGCCUGGCCCCACGGGCCCCUCAGCUGCAAGGUGCUGGCCUUCCUGGCCGUGCUCUUCUGCUUUCACGCUGCCUUCCUGCUCUUCUGUGUGGGGGUGACGCGCUAUAUGGCCAUUGCCCAUCACCGUUUUUAUGCCAAGCGCAUGACGGGCUGGACCUGCCUGGCUGUGGUGUGCAUGGUGUGGACCCUCUCCAUGGCCAUGGCCUUUCCCCCCGUCUUUGACGUGGGCACCUACAAGUUCAUCCGGGAGGAGGAGCAGUGCAUCUUCGAGCACCGCUAUGUCAAGGCCAACGACACACUGGGCUUCAUGCUCAUGCUGGCGGCUGUCAUCGCAGCCACCCACCUGGUCUACAUCAAACUGCUCUUCUUCAUUCAUGGCCACCGCAAGAUGAAGCCAGCCCAGCUGGUACCUGCCAUCAGCCAGAACUGGACUUUCCACGGGCCAGGAGCCACCGGCCAAGCAGCUGCGAACUGGACGGCUGGCUUUGGAAGGGGGCCCACACCACCCACCCUUGUGGGCAUAAGACAGGCCACCCACAGCCAGAUCAAGAGGCUGCUGGUGCUGGAGGAGUUUAAGAUGGAGAAAAGGCUCUGCAAGAUGUUCUACAUGAUCACCUUGCUCUUCCUGCUUCUGUGGUCCCCCUACAUUGUGGCCUGCUACUUGCGGGUCUUCAUUAAGGCCAGCUCCAUCCCUCAAGUCUACCUGACCACCUCUGUCUGGAUGACAUUUGCCCAAGCAGGGGUCAACCCCAUCCUCUGCUUCAUCUUCAACAAGGAGCUCAGGGUCUGUCUCCGAGCCCACUUCCCAUGCUGCCAAAGCAUCCAGAGCACCCAGGGCACCAUCCUUUGCGAUCUCAAGAGCUUUGGGAUGUAG